AUGGCAGAGGAUCGCGCCUUUGCUGCUAGCAUCUUCAAGGAUUGCUUCGGCAAGGGUGGCGAUUUCACCGUGGUGGUGGAAGAGCCCGAGAUUGGGGAUAGUGAUAGUGGCAGGUCAGGCGUCAAGCGCGUGGAGUUUAAGGUCUGGGCUUCGUUGCUGACCGGGUGGUCCGCCGUCUUCGACAAGAUGUUGAACUCUGAGGCCUUUCUGGAGAGCCAGCAGGCCCAGGUGGUCAUUUCUGACUUCUCCAGUGGAACCGUGGAGAUCUUUCUUCGUUUUCUCUACUCGGGGGUGGCACGGGGGCCUCUUGAAACCUUAGUGGAAGUGUCUUCGAUGGCGGACAAGUACCAGGUGAAGCGUCUCUUGGAGCUUUGUACGGAGGCGCUCCGGGAGGGCCUGAGCCCGGCGAAUGCCUGCGAGCUCUUUGCCGCUGCUGCGCGCUUCCAGUUGGCAGAUUUGAGAAGGAUGGCGCUGGAAAAGAUCUGGAUCCAUCCCGCAGAAGCCUUGAAAGAGUGCCCGAGCAUAAGCCCGGAAAUGCUGGAGGAGAUCCUGCGGCCCUGCCUCAUCUGCAUGAACAACUCCGAAGUGCAGGCCCUUUUGCAAGGAUGGAGCUGCAAGAAGCGGAAAGCUGGUGAGCAAGCGACUUCUCCGUCACCGCUGCAGCCGACCAUUGAGAGACACCUGGGCCGCAUGGAGGAUGAGCUUAGGCGCUUUACGUCUGAACAUGGGCCGGCAUGGGAGUUUUCGCAAGAGCACCUUGCGGCAGUCCACGAAGAUGAUCUCUUCAAGGCAAUGUGGAAUGACUGCACCAGGGUGGCAGAAACCGAAGGAGGACAUCCACCACAAUUUCUGAGUUCGUACAUGAAUGUCGUUUUUGGACGGACAGUUCCACAUUUUCAUGCAGACAACCCGAAGCCAUUGGAGAUGUAUGCCAGCAAUCGCAAGCCUUUCAAGCUAGCGGCUGGUUCAAUCUCAUGGGUUCUUCCUUAUGAUUCUAUCUAUCUCACGGGCCUCUCCUUCGCCUUGGACAUGCCAGAGCAAGUGCACUGUCGGGUCUACUGUUCCAAAGAUGGUGUCCACUGGCACAUGGCUGCCGACACAGCGAAGUACCGGAUCGAAGCCAAGAAGCCGCUGUCUCGCUGGAACAGGCCAGAUGACCUCGUGAAGAUGUUCAAGCUCGAGGUUCUGGAAGGCACCUUCCACAACAGUCUGCAAGUUCGGGGAAUCUGGAAGGAUGACCUUCAUUAUUGA